CAGAGUUCUCUCCGUCAUCAACAUCUCUCUCCCCCUCCCAACUUGUAGCCGCUUUCUAUCUCUUCUUUCUCUCUCUAGAAUUGAUUAUUUCAUAUAUAUAUAAGCCUGCCUUAUAUAUAGGCGCCUGAAGGACAGACGACUGACAGCAGUCGCACUCACGAGAGAGAGAGAGAGGAUGGCGAGGGACAUCGAUGAUCUGCCCAAGAACGGGGCCAACUACACGGCUCUGACGCCGCUGUGGUUCCUCGAGAGGGCCGCGACGGUGCACCCCGACCGGAAGUCCAUUGUCCAUGGCCGCGUCUCCUACACGUGGCGGCAGACCUACGAGCGCUGCCGCCGCUUGGCCUCCGCUCUCAACCGGCGCUCCGUCGGCCUUGGCAGCACGGUAGCAAUAAUUGCUCCCAAUGUACCCGCUCUAUAUGAAUCUCAUUUCGGAGUUCCAAUGGCUGGAGCUGUUGUAAACACUGUUAAUAUUCGUUUAAAUGCACAAGCUAUCGCUUUUCUUCUUGGCCAUUCUUCCGCUGCUGUUGUAAUGGUGGACCAAGAAUUCUUCCCAUUAGCAGAGGAAGCUCUGAAAAUAUGGGCAGAGAAAGCCAAAGGCAAUUUUAAGCCUCCACUUGUUAUAGUCAUUGACGAUGAGAACUGUGACCCGAAAGCUCUCAGAUAUGCCUUGGGGAAGGGGGCGGUUGAAUACAAGAAAUUCCUGGAAACUGGUGAUCCAACAUAUGCUUGGAGACCACCUGAAGAUGAAUGGCAAAGCAUUGCUUUGGGCUAUACUUCCGGAACAACGGCCAGUCCAAAGGGAGUAGUAUUAAGCCAUCGAGGGGCGUAUGUAAUGUCUCUUAGCAGUGCCCUUGUAUGGGAAAUGACUGAAGGGGCCAUAUACCUCUGGACUCUACCUAUGUUCCAUUGCAAUGGAUGGUGUUAUACUUGGACACUUGCAGCUCUCUGUGGGACAAGCAUAUGCAUGCGACAGGUAACAGCAAAGGGAGUUUACUCAGCGAUAGCCAAUCAUGGGGUGACGCACUUCUGUGCUGCUCCAGUGGUCCUUAAUUCCAUAGUGAAUGCCACCCCUGAGGAAACCAUCCUCCCUCUCCCUCGGACAGUCCAUGUGAUGACAGCUGGCGCGGCCCCACCGCCUUCGGUCCUCGCCUCCAUGUCAGAGAAGGGUUUCCGUGUCGCCCACACUUAUGGCCUCUCAGAGACCUAUGGGCCAUCCACUAUAUGCGCAUGGAAGCCGGAGUGGGAUUCCCUCCCCCUUGAGCAGCAGGCCCGUUUAAAGGCCCGCCAAGGGGUCCGGUACAUUGGGCUCGAGUUCCUUGAUGUAGUGAGCACUCAAACAAUGGAACCAGUCCCUGCCGAUGGGAAAACGAUUGGGGAGAUCGUGAUGCGAGGAAAUCUCAUCAUGAAAGGUUACCUUAAAAACCCAAAGGCCAAUGAGGAGACCUUUGCAGGCGGGUGGUUCCAUUCAGGGGACCUAGCUGUGAAACAUCCUGAUGGGUACAUCGAGAUCAAGGACAGGUCCAAGGACAUUAUCAUCUCGGGGGCCGAAAACAUCAGCAGUGUCGAGAUUGAAAACACCCUUUACAUGCACCCUGCAAUACUUGAGGUGUCGGUGGUGGCGAGGCCUGACGAGCGAUGGGGAGAGUCUCCCUGUGCUUUUGUCACGCUCAAGCCCGGGGUGGACAAGUCCGACGAGGGUCGUUUAGCUGAGGACAUAAUGAGGUUCUGUCGGGAGAAGAUGCCUGCAUACUGGGUCCCAAAGUCUGUCGUCUUUGGGCCGCUGCCGAAGACGGCCACGGGGAAGAUCCAGAAGCAUCUGCUAAGGGCCAAAGCGAAGGAGAUGGGCCCUGUCAAGUUAAGCAAACUAUAAAAGAGUAGCUCCUCGUUUGCUUUUGGGUCGACAUAAUGGAGCGACUAUGUCCGAAGCAGGAAAUCUCUAAACGAGCCCUGCCUCACUCGUUGCUCAUUACAAAGUCCCGCUUAACAUCCGUAUCAAUUGGGGGGGUGUUUUCCGUAUUGGAGAUUUCUCGAUGAUAUAGUUGCGUCUCUAGAUGCAUGUAUGGUUCUUUGAUUGUGGAGGACCUGUACUGUGACAUUUAAUGGUAAUAAUUAAAGCCCAUUCCCAGUGUUCAACUUA